AUGAAUUCAAACAGUUUAAACGAAAGCUCAACCGAUUCCUCUUCAUCUUCAUCUAACUCGGAUGAUGAGGGAAGGGAGCUUAGAGUUCAACAACGUAAUGAAGUGUGUCUUAUGAUACAACACGUAAUGCAUGAGUACAUUCCACCAAUUAUUCAAGCUGCCACUCAGCAACGCCGACGCAAAUCUACUGAGCCCCGAAAGGAUAGGGGACGCGAAGAAGGUCAUGCACGGUUAUACAAUGACUAUUUCGCGGAAGUCCCAGUUUAUCCAAGUUCCUUGUUCCGGCGCCGGUUUCGAAUGCGUAAACAUGUGUUUGAGCGCCUUCUCAACGCAGUGACCCAACAUGACCCCUGGUUUCAACAAAGGCGAGAUGCGGCAGGUCGUCUUGGUUUGUCUCCACUUCAAAAGUGCACUGCGGCCGUUAGACAACUAGCUUACGGGUGUGCUUCAGACGCUUGUGAUGAGUAUGUCCGUAUAAGUGAGGCAACUUCACGAUUGGCACUCCAAAAGUUCACAGAAGGUGUCAUCAACCUGUUCGGUGAUCAGUACCUACGCCGUCCAAACAUCGCAGAUAUGGAAAGAUUGCUACGUAUUGGGGAAGAACGUGGAUUUCCUGGCAUGAUAGGCAGCAUUGAUUGUAUGCACUGGGAGUGGAAGAACUGUCCACACGCAUGGAAGGGGCAGUAUCAAGGAAGAGAAGGAGUUGCAACUCUCGUACUGGAGGCAGUUGCAGACAGAGAUCUAUGGAUAUGA